AUGGAGAACGACUCGGGCUACUUCAUAACUUCUAAAAACAUAUUCCCGUCAAUUAGUCAACUCCUUGACUAUUAUUCAAAAAAUAACGGCCUAUGCUGUCUUCUAUCGCGAAUUUGUCCUAAAAUGAUUCCAGCUACCGAGGACCUGUCGAAGGCGACCAGGGAUAAGUGGGAAAUUGAUCGUAGAACUCUCACAAAAAUUGAAAUAUUGGGUUCUGGAAAUUUCGGAGAAGUCUGGAGAGGUACAUGGAACAGCACGAGGCAAGUAGCGAUAAAGUUGAUGAAGCCGGGAACCAUGGACAAGACCACCUUCCUGGAGGAAGCGGCAGUCAUGAAGAAGUUGAGACAUCCGAAGCUGGUGAGGUUGUACGCUGUCUGCUCCACCGAGGAACCCAUCUACAUCGUCAUGGAGUACAUACCGCAUGGAUGUCUGCAGAAAUAUUUGAAGAAGGAUGGUGGCAAGAAAUUAACUGAACCCGUCCUUAUCGAUUUUGCGGCUCAGAUCGCCAGCGGCAUGCAGUACGUGGAAUCGAAGUGCAUCAUUCACAGAGAUCUGGCAGCCAGGAAUGUUCUGGUUGCUGACAACAAUAUGCUCAAGAUCGCCGACUUUGGUCUGUCGAAAUCUCUCAAGGACAAUUCUAUUUACGUUUUUAAAGAAGGAUCAAAAUUUCCAAUAAAGUGGACUGCAAUCGAAGCCAUAACCUCUCAAAAUUUCUCGAUAAAGUCAGAUGUCUGGUCGUUUGGCAUUCUGCUGGUGGAGCUCGUGACAUAUGGGAACACACCUUAUCCUGGCAUGACUGCGGCCGAGGUCCAGCUGAAACUUCAGGGUGCUUUCAGGCACCCCAAACCGCCAGGCUGCAGCGAUGAAUUGUACGAAAUAAUGCUUCAGUGCUGGCACGCCAACCCCCAGAAACGUCCAACCUUCGAUUCGCUGUUUCAUAUUUUGGAUGAUUUCAUCAUUGCGACUCAGAACAGUUAUGAAUGAUUGAGAAUAGAAAACUUCGGUAGCUCUAGAAUUUUUUUUUUAAAUAAUUUAUACACAUAAAUUUUUAUAUAAUUUAUACAUUUAGUUACUAAAAU